CUCGCGCGGUAGGUGCAGACGCGAGCGCCGGGGGGAAGCGGCAGCCAAUUGCUGCCCUAUCGUCGCGGUACGGAAGGCGCGAAGGUCAGGAGCAAAGCAGCUGACUUUUACCCGCCCGCUUCCGGAUGUGGGGCUGUUCUCCAGCCAGAGCGAAGCUGGGAGUGAGGCGGACAAGACGACACAUCCUGCAAUCAAAUGUUUCCUACUUCAUCUCCUGACAGUCCAGGUCACUGCAUGGUUGUUGGGCACUGUGUUCUGGGGAGGCAUAGUUUCCUGUGAGCAUCCUGCAUGUGAUGGCAAGGUGGUGUCUGGCCCGGACUGUUACUGUGGUGUCCCUCACUGUAACUCUGUCUGCUGUUGCUGUCAGGUACCCUAGCUGCCGACUCCCCCACCCCCUGCUCCAUCCAUUCAGAGAGCGUGCCUACAGCUCAGUUCCAGUACAUUGGUUUCAUUUUUACCCUGUCAGCAUGCUGAGCUGUUACAAUCCAAAUGAAAAUGUCCACAACAAAGCUCACACAUCCCCAUAUCCAGGGUCAAAGGUUGAGCGCAGCAAAGUACCUACUGAUAAAGUGGGCUGGCUAGUUGAGUGGGAGGAUUACAAGCCUGUGGAAUACACUGCAGCCUCUGUCUUGGCUGGACCCACGUGGGCAGAUCCGCAGAUCAGUGCCAAAAACUUUUCUCCCAAAUUCAAUGAGAAGGAUGGACAAGUGGAGAGGAGGAGUCUGAGUGGCUUGUAUGAGGUUGAAAAUGGGAGGCCCAGAAAUCCGUCUGGCAGGACGGGAUUGGUGGGUCGAGGAUUAUUAGGGCGCUGGGGACCAAACCAUGCUGCAGAUCCUAUAAUAACUAGGUGGAAGAGAGAUAGCAGUGGCAAUAAAAUAGCUCACCCAAUCUCUGGCAAGAACAUUUUACAGUUUGUAGCAAUCAAGAGGAAAGACUGUGGGGAAUGGGCCAUCCCAGGGGGUAUGGUAGAUCCAGGAGAGAAGAUAAGUGCCACACUGAAACGAGAAUUUAGUGAGGAGGCCUUAAACUGCUUACAGAAAUCCAGAGCAGAGAAGGAAGAGAUGGAGAAGCAAAUGAACACACUCUUCAACCAGGAACAUUUUGUGGUGUAUAAGGGGUAUGUGGAUGAUCCUCGUAAUACAGACAAUGCCUGGAUAGAGACAGAAGCUGUGAACUACCAUGACGAACCUGGUGAGACAAUGGAUAACUUGCUUCUGGAAGCAGGAGAUGAUGCUGGGAAAGUGAAAUGGGUUGACAUCAGUGAGAAACUCAAGUUAUAUGCAAAUCAUGGUGACUUCAUCAAACUUGUAGCUGAGAAAUGGGGAGCACACUGGAAUGAAGACCCUGUUCCUGGCUACCGUAAAUGAUGCUUCUGGAAUCCAAAUAUAAACUGAAAACCAAUAUCCUCCAUAGACCAUCCCUGAUUGAUGGGUAUCGUGUCUGGCUAAUUGAAUAUCUCCAAUAAUGCUAACCCUGAUAAUGCUGCAUUUGGUUGCUGACAAUCUCUCAAUGUUGAGUUGCAGUACUCUCAGGGAUAGCCUGAUGGCUCCAACAUUGGGGAGCGGAAUUGCAUCAAGAAUGUCUGCUUGCAAGUGACUGAUAUUCAGCUCUAGAAAGGACUUUGAAUGUGGUCUGCUGAUAGGACACACAAUUACAUUCAACCAUGAGCAUCAUAACUGAGACAAGUCGACCAGCCCAGAACCAUGGUUCCCCGUGUUAUGCAACAUCACUCCUCCACACAUCCAUUGUGAGGAUGCUAUAGCCUGAAUGGUUGAGAAGAUCAGGGCAAAACUGAGCCUACCAAUAUACACAGACAUCUUUGACCACCCAACAGUAUGUUUGUUGUCAAGGCACCUGUUGUGGGCCCACUUGUCCUGUCCAGAUUUCUCUGUGAUGUUGAUGUGGUUUGAAGAAUGGUCCUGCAGCUGAUGUCAGAAACCAUUCUCUUAUAACUGACCCGACCAUAUGUGUACCCAGCCUUGAUUUGCCACACUUGCUCAUGUGUUCUUCUGAACCAAUUUCAGAUGGGCCAGGGUAAAUAUGCAGCCAGCUUUCACAUCUUAGCUCUUUUAGUAUUUCAUCAUCAUCUAGCUCUUUAUUUUCAUCUGAACUUUAUUACAAGUACAGUAGGGAACAAUUCUGUAUGGGUAGGGAGAUGGUCUGGAUGUUCCAUCUCCAACUUCUAUGGAUUGUGUCCUAUUGCCACCUUUCUAGUUGUUUGGUGCCCAGUACUGAAUACAAUGUCCUUAUUUAAUUUCAUCUGGAAACUAGUCAUGCCACAAUUACGUUAAUAGAAAAUCAAGGACAAUAAGGAAGUGAAAAUGUUUUGAUUUAAAAAACAAAAAUGAGGAAGGCACAAAUUGUGGCUCAGUCAUUUAAGCUUUCAAAUAAAAAUUGCUUAUAAAUAGA